AUGGUAUCCGUGCUAAACACAAUCGAUACCGGCCACGAGGACAUGAUUCAUUGUGCCGAUGUCGACUAUUACGGGCUGCGGUUGGCCACUUGUUCGUCCGACAACUCGGUGAAGAUAUUCGACAUCAAGAACGGUGCCCAGACGCUAGCGGCCGAUCUGAAAGGCCAUGGCGGUCCGGUGUGGCAGGUGGCCUGGGGUCAUCCACGAUAUGGCAAUGUGCUGGCAUCCUGCUCGUACGACCGGAAGGUGAUCGUGUGGAAGGAGGCCGGUCCGGGCGAUUGGACCAAAUGGUACGAGUACAGCAACCACGACUCGUCCGUCAACUCGGUUGCAUGGGCACCGGCCGAGUACGGACUUGUGCUGGCCUGUGGUAGCUCCGACGGUUCGAUUUCUGUUUUGACCGCAAACGUGGAGGCCGGCUCGUGGGACUGUAAAAAAAUUCCGAACGCUCAUACGAUCGGUUGCAACACAGUGAGCUGGUGUCCGGCGACCGUCCCAGAGCCGGCGUUCGACCAGCGUCCGAGCAAAACGAACCUCGCAGUCAAGCGGCUGGUGUCAGGCGGAUGUGAUAACGCGGUCAAGAUAUGGAAAGAGGACGGCGAUCGUUGGGAGGAAGAAAAGCGACUCGAGCUGCACUCGGACUGGGUGCGCGAUGUGGCGUGGGCACCGAGCGUCGGUUUGCCGAGACAUCAGAUCGCUAGUUGCUCGCAGGACCGGCGGGUUGUGAUCUGGACCAGUGACGAUCUGGUCAGCUGGCAGCCUGCCGUAUUGCACAACUUUGACGACGUCGUGUGGAACGUGAGUUGGUCGUUAACCGGCAACAUUUUGGGUGUUUCGGGUGGAGACAACAAGGUGAGCCUGUGGAAGGAAACGAGCGAGGGACAGUGGAUCUGCAUUAGCGAAGAUACCAACAGUGCGUCUUCCGGGGCGGCACAAAACAAUUUCAUACCGGAACAGCGGACACUGUAA